AUGACAUCAACGUCCUCAACUCGUCCACCCUAUUCGCCGAUCAGUGCAGGGGUCGCGGUCCGGCCCAUCCAGUUGACUGCCAACGGCCGCUCACAUCAUAUGGGGUACUACUUGGCCGAUGACAUAUACCCAAGGUGGCCUAUUUUUUUGAAGACGAUCAGCUGCCUAAUUGGUGAGAGGAGAGUCUUGUUUGUGGCAAAGCAGGAGUCCGCGCGGAAGGAUGUGGAGCGGGCUUUUGGGGUGCUCCAUUCGCGGUGGGCAAUCGUGAAAGGUCCGACGCGUUUCUGGUACAAGGAAGUCAUCGCCGACGUCAUGUAUGCGUGCAUCAUCAUGCAUAACAUGAUAGUCGAACAAGAACGUGGACAUGUCACCGAUUGGGUGGAUGAUGAAGCCGGAUCUAGCUCCAGCACGGCGACCUCGCCUGUCACUCGAGGAUUACCGAUGGGCUUCGGUGCGGUUCUACAGCGACAUGCCUCAAUGCGCAACUAA